AUGACCAAAUCAUAUAUGCCAUUAUUCAGGUCUCCUAGACAAUUCAAAAAGAUUUAUUUCAUUUUAAUUCCUUUGAUUCUUGCAGUGAUAAUACUACAUGUUUUCUUUGAUGGAUUUAAUAAGAUAUCGGAAUAUCUGCCAACAUUUAUCAGUAAUAGAAUCCUUAAUCAUCAAGACCAACAACAAAAAAGUGAAAAAUCAUCAGAUGUUAUAUCAUCAUAUUUCCCUUCAUUGGCCAUUUAUCCGAAAAAUUUCGAUAAUAGAGUAGAGUUUGUCAAUGAACCGAAAAAUUCUAAAUGGAUUCAAUAUUUUGGUGAUUCGAAAACUGUAUUGUCAAAUUAUAUCACUAAUCAAACUUAUACCAAUCAUUCAAUUGGUUUGUAUUCUUCAUCUACCGUUAGACCCCCUGCUAGUCUGUGUAAAGAUAUAUUAUAUGAACGUUCAUUUGAAAUCACCAAAUAUCGUACUUUACAUGAUGAUUUAUAUAAAUUGGCAACCACCUUAUUAUAUCAAUUAGAAAAUGAUCCAGCAUUUCAAGAUUUAUCACCAUUUUUCAAUGAUAGAUUACCUCAUAUUAUUAUGAGAGGUGAAUUACAUAAACAUAUUUAUAAAUUUGCUGGUACUUCAGUAUGGUUAGAACAACAUGGAGUUCAUUUAAUGCUUAGUCGAGUCAUAUAUUCACAACAAGGUAAAAAAAAUGAUCCUCAACUUUCUUUGUUGUAUGCUCAAGUUUAUGAUGAAAAUUGGAAUGAAUUAAAUGAUAUUGAAUUGAUUGUCCCCGUGAUUAAUCCAAACGGUGAACGAGUUUAUGAUUCAGUUAAAUAUCCUCAAUUUCUUGCUAUACCAUUUUAUCAUAAUUCAGAAUAUAUUAAAAGUCGAUGGUAUGGACCAGAAGAUACAAGAUUGAUAUUAACGAAGAAUAAAUUUGGUGAUGAUGAACCAGUGAUUAUUUUUAAUUCAUAUCAUCGUCAAAUCAAAGAUAUGAGUACUGAAGAUGAUAAUAAUGUUCAUACUAAAUUUGAAUUUUAUCGAUCAAUGUUUGUUGGUUGGUUAUUUCAAUAUCAAUUAGGGAAAUUAAAUACUGAUGGGAUUCAAGAUUCAAAAUUCAAUAAUGUAACAUUUAAUAAAGUUAAAGAAUUAAGAAUUGAAGGUAAAGAACGAACUUCAAUUGAAAAAAAUUGGACUCCAUUUAUUGAUCCUGAUGAAAGAAAUCAAAUAAGUUAUUAUGGAAAUCACAAUCUUGGUGAUAAUUAUGUUUAUAUUGUUUAUCAAUGGAAUCAUUUGAAAAUUUUGAAAUGUGAAUUGGAUAAUUUCAUUGAUAGUUCUCAUUCUACCUGUACAAUGUUUUUCAAAGAUGUUGAAACAACUCAAGAAGUUGGUCCAGUACGUGGUGGUACAGAAUUAUGGCCCAUAAAAAUUGAUAACAACAACAACAACAACAACCUCAACGAAGAUGACUUGUCUACUAAACAGGAACCACAACAACAAAGACAAUUAUGGAUUGGAUUUUUACGUGCUCAUGUAAAAGAUUGUGGUUGUGGUGGAUCAAUGUAUAGACCCAAUUUCUUAAUCUUGGAGAAAUUGAAUUCAAAAUUCAAAUUAACCUAUUUAUCAGGGUCAAUUAAUUUCAAUGUUUCGGUUUAUGGAUGGGCAAAUUAUGAUGUUGUUUGUGCUGGUCAUGAAGCUAAUGCUUUGAUUCCCAAUGGUAUUUCAAUGUUUGAUCAAGAUGAUGAUUAUUUGACUUUGAGUAUGAGUGUUGCUGAUCAAGAUAAUACUUUGGUUCAUAUUCAUGGUGUGAAAAAAUUGAUUUAUCUGUUGGAUCAUGAUUGGAAUGGUAUUUUGAAAGAAAAUAAACAGAUUGAAUGUGUGGUUAAUAAUGCUAAUGAUUUUUGUAAAGCUUAUGCAGAUGAACAUUAUAAAUUAGGUGAUUCUGAAGCAGCUAUAAAAGAAGUAAAGCAAAAGGCUAAAGAAGAAGCUGAAAAAGCAAAAGCUGAAAAAGAGAAGGCCGAGAAAGAGAAGGCCGAAAAGGAAAAAGCCGAAAAGGAGAAGGAAGAGAAGGAAAAGGAGGAAAAGGAAGAGAAGGAGAAAGCUGAGAAGGAAAAGGAAGAGAAAGAAAAGGCGGAAAAGGAAUUGGCUGAAAAAGAACUAGCUGAACAAAAAGAUGAAGAUGCCAAAGAUGAAGAUAAAAACGAAGACGAAGACGACAAAGAAAAGAAUGAUGAAUCUGGUCUAACUGAGAAAUCUGAAGUAGAGGAAAAUGGUGAGAAUACCAAUGAAGGUGGUGAAGAUGAUGGUGAUGGUGAUGGUGAAGAGGAAAAGGAAGACGACGACGAUAUAGAGGUGUAA